GAUCUUAGAGCCUUAAAAAUAGAGACAUAAGAAAAAUGUCAUCAAAUUUGGUGACAAACGAACCACAGAAUGGUGAACAAAAGCAUGAAACUUCGACUACGUGGCAUGGUAUAUCAGAAAUUCAUCGUGCAGCUUUAGGAAGCCCUAACGAUGUGCGGGCACUGCUAUUAAAGGGCGCAGAUGUGACUGCACGAAAUAACUUCGGAGAAACACCGCUUCACUACGCAUGCCAAUCGGGAAAUUGGGGCGGUGUGUUUCAAUUGUUGUUGUUUGGUGCAAACUUGUAUGAUGUAGACAAGGGAGGUAGAUGGUGUGUGCACCACGCUGCAAGAAGCGGUUGUUUGUUAACAUUCCAGUACUUGGAAUUCCUUGGUAUGAACAAAUGGCAAAGGGACCUGAAAGGACGCACCGUACUGCAUAUUGCUGUUGAACAUGGUCACAUUGAACUGAUCAAACACCUUUUGAAGCAAAAGGACAUUGACUGGCAUGUUAAAGACCAAAAGAUGAGGACACCAAUGCACGAAGCAGUUCUUCGAGGCAACAGAGAUGUCUGCUGGAUACUAGAGAGUUCCAGUGAAAAAAGUUUAUUGAUCGAUGAAGAUUCUGAAGGCCAAACACCCGUAGAUUAUGCUAUAAAAGGAAAACGCAGUUUAGCAUUGCUGAAAGCGUUCAGACGUUGGCAAAGGAUGCGGCACGCCAAUGGAAAAGUCGACGUCCCACGAAUCACGCGAAUUGUCCCUUUCCUUACUCCAAGUUGUGUAACUCUACUUAUCGCCUUCAACAUAUUCUACUUUGAAUCAAGGAUGCUAAUCUUUUUUCUCAACGCUUCCUUAUUUUUGUUCGCCUAUGUGUAUGCUUUGCAUCCGCAUCGGUUGUGGCACAUAUCGCGUGCGCCUAAUACCGGACUUCUUGGCUGGUUUAUUGGUUCCGUCACUUUGAGCCUGUUGAUUUAUUUUACCAUUCUUUUACCCAAAAUCUGGCCGGAUUAUUUGCACACGAUUUUCUCUUUGCUUAUGCUUCCUCUCUUUGUGUUUUCGUUGAGGAGAGUUUACAAAGAUCCAGGUGUGAGUAGCGAUACUAGGUACGAUGAAGAUGGAAAUCCCAUGGGAAUAAUUGACGUCGUAAGUGCGAAGAUCAAAGGUAAUGAUUACUGCACAAGAUGCAAGAUUGUAUACCCGUCAAGAACGAAGCAUUGUCGUCUGUGCAAUUGUUGUUAUAAAGGCUUGGAUCAUCAUUGUUUGUUCCUAAUGACCUGUGUCGCCAUUAAUAAUCACGGAGCUUUUAUGGCGUUGUUAUUUUGUACCUUCUUUGGGCAGCUCUCGUUUGUUCGAGGAGGCCUCAUGCAUUUCUGGUCUUUAAGUCAGUACAAUGCGAGAAAGUCUUACUUGGAACUUUUAGGAAGCGAGCCAUUAAUUUCCGUGUAUUUUUUCAUCAAUCUUUUGGGAUUAUGGUGGAUGACUACGCUUAUCUUAUUCCAAAUCAAGAUCAUUUCCGAAGGAGGAACGACCGUUUUUCUUCCGAAUGGUGAGAUUCGCAAAAGGAUCGACUGUCUUCAUGCUGCUGGUACAGUGGGAGAACUAACUCUAGCCAAAAGAUUUCAUCAUCUAAAGCAGUUCAUCAAGUAUUACUACUUUCCCAACGACGAAGAGCGUUUUUCAAGAUUGCUAGACGUCUAGUAAAAAUAUGUCAUCACUUUGAAGCUUUAUAAGAACGUUUAUUCUUUUACAUAGCAAUGGAAAUCAUACAAACGCUUUGUGUAAUGUUUUUGUAAAUUGCAUUCAUUUAAAGCGCCUAUAUCGCCCUCUGGGAAAUAAUCUAUUUAUAUAGAGUUGACGAUUUUGAGAACAUUUGCAAGAUAUUUUAUAAGACGAAAAGUUGAUCUUUCUUGACUUUUUGGAAGUCGAAGUUGGCUUUUUUCGUGUUUGACCGUGAGUUACCGUGACUGGGUCUCUUUCACUGGACAGGAUGUACAUUUGUAGCAAAGUCAAGAAGUUUAUUUUUUAUUAAACUUUAGUUAUGUUGUGCA